AUGGAGGUAAAUCCUCUCGCAUCCAACCCGCCGGCGCCGGCGCGAUUCAAUUCGGCCGGCGCACGCCUGCCACCACGGCGAGAUCUGUCGACCAAGAGUCGAACCCAGAGGAUGCAGAAAGCAGGUGCUUCACGAGAUUCAACGACCAAAAGGUCACUACCAGACCUUCUAGGAAGUAUGUCAGACAAGAAUGCAAAGAUGAAGGCAGGGAUGUCGCCGAAUAUUGGCACAAAACCUCUUGUCCCCGCUAUUGAAAGAAGAACUAUCGGAGAAGACGAGAAGUUGGGAAGACUCAGGAAAGGCUCCGACGCCGAAAAAUGGGAUCUUACGCCAGACGGAGGCUCUGCUAGUCGCGAAGGCAGGCAGUUCACAGUUGCCAAUGUGGGCCACAAUGGCAAGAUAUAUCUGAGGCCAACGAUUCGACCCGCUAACCAGCGGUAUCCUCAACCUAAUUUUGUGUUUCCCCUGACGCCACCAAGCACGGCAGGCUUUGAUGCCCUGGCUAGUCCUAAGCAGGAGAAGCAGAAAGAGAAGGAGGAAGCCAGUGAGAUUCUCUCCGGUCAAUGGGCAACCACACCUCUCAAUACGCCCUCGUCGCCAUUCACGAUCAAGAAGAAAAAGUCGUUCCUGACUCUUGGGAAGCCUACGGGGCGACCCAAACAUCGCCGCGCCAUGUCUGAUUCGACUGUGCAAGAUAUCAGUAUCGCUCACGAAUCCGAGGCUGGGGGAUUCAAGGUUGUAAUCACGAAGCCGAAAGACGAGGUCAAGGCCAAGACUACUGAGGAUAUCGGCCUCGACGGUGCGCCAUUGCUUGAUAUCAACAUUCCAUCAUGGAAGAUUGGCAACCCUCGCUUCACCUUGCGUGGCACAGCCCUCAUCCGGGGUUCAUCGUAUGCGCCCACAGAAGAUCCCCGCUCGAGCAAUGUCUCGUUUUUUCAGAAAUCUCAAAGAGGCGCCAGUGAUAUCAAUUCCUUACACCCAGAGGCCAUGAGUUCGAGGAAGCCAAGUCCGAUUUCUUUGAGCCAUGUGCCAUUCUUGUCGCCGCAGCUCUACAGUCCUACAUCGCCUAGGUUUCUGGGGCCAGCUCCUACUGUCUACGCCUCUACCUUCGUCGUCAUCGAACCGAGCAUGUUUGACGCCUUGACCUUCAAGCCCGGCUGCGACGAUAAGUUGAUUGUACGCUACGCGUCUGGGAAUGGCGCAGUGACAGCCGCGACACCUCCUCGUCUGGUCGCAGAAAUAACAUCACCAAGUUUCUUGGACUAUGAACUGAUAUCAGACUUCUUCCUCACCUUUCGCGCAUUCCUCGGGACGGCCGACUUGGUUCAGAUGUUGAUUGCCAGGCUCAGAUGGGCAAUUGCUCGGUCAGAUGAAGUUGGAAUGAUUGUCAGAGUGAGGACUUUUGUUGCUAUCCGGCAUUGGAUUCUAAACUAUUUUGUCGACGACUUCAUGGUUGACUACCAGCUUCGAGUCCUAUUCUGCAAUCAACUAAACGAUUUCGUCGAUGAGCUGUCCCAGCAGUCACUUGCACAAAAGGCCCAGAUUAAGGUUCUGGCAGAGCUCAAGAAAUGUUGGAGGCGCAUUUGUGCUCAGUAUUGGGACGGACCCGACUUUGAUUCCGGCCUAGGACCCGAAGUCCCUAUUGCCCCCGGAGGUAUUGCUGGUCACCGUGAUCCGACCCUCGAUCCUAGCGUAUGGGAAAACGAAGACAGUGUUUUGCCUCGGCUCCAAGACUUUGACUUUAACCAUGAAGAGCCACGUGUGGAUUCAAGCUUUGCCCAGGUUAUCGACAGGGCUGGCCACAUCGACUCCAUUCUUCAUGGAGACGAAAGACCCGCCUCAGCUCGGCAACGAAACGAGGCCAUAGAAUCCUUUAGACGCCAUGCAGCAUCACCAACAAGCAUUGGCAGUAUGGACGUUAUCUCGUGCUCGUUUCCAACUAAGAGCCUGCGGACGCCAGCCGACCCUGCCAAACGACCGCUCGGGGCUCAUCCAGUGGACCCCACUUCCAUCUACAAUAACCCGGAUCCAAUUGCCUCGACUCCUCGUGCACUCUCUGGGAAGCGCGUAAGAGCUCAACAGCCAAAUCACAAGCGCAACAAUAGUCUGACGGACUCCAUGCGGGAUUACGCCACAACAAACAACAAGGUCCUUUCAAAGAACGCCGAGAUUCUGCUGACGCUUCCAUAUGCUGGAAGUUUGGUUCGAGGCAAUCUGCUACCUCCGGGCCAGGCUUUCGUUGAUGUCAUGCCAACAGCCGGCUCAUUGACGAGCAGAAAUACUGCAUACUUUGAACCGCAACAUCAACUCGAGGGCAUUCAUGCCAACAAAGGUGCAUCUGCAAUGUCUGGCCCGGGCAUGAAGAAACUCCUCGGAAGUGUGCGGAGAGCGUUGAGUCACCGAGGCCAGGGGCCGAAUGGCGUUGGCCCGCUUGGCCCUCGCGGAGUAACCACCAACCGGAUCCCUGGGACAGCCGUUGUACCACAGGCACGUCCACUGCGUCCGAAUGGAUUUCGGCCGGCUGUCAGGAUUGAUAUACUAGGAGCAGAAAUCGCCGAGGACUUCAAGAAGGCUGUGCGCGAAGAUGCAACUGCAAAUGCGAGUGAAAAAAGUGCGACCGGCAGUGCACACAAGGUCACUGGUACAGAUAUUGAGUACUCAGCUGCGCACCUGGACUCAUCAUUCGACCUCCAUGCAGCGUUGGACAAUCGACCUCUCAGCGAUACAGCAAUAACCCAGGGAAGCAAGUCCAUUGUCAUUGUGGACGGCACCGCGCCCCCGGAUGUGCCUGCUAUGACCGGGGCUCUACCAUUGAUGCCAGCGCUGAACGCAUCAGUAGAAGCAUUUGCUGAUAGCUUCUUGCCCGGAGGAGGUGCCGACCCUACGCCUCCGACCACUCCACCAAGCCUGUACACGACCGACAUUCCAAGAAGGUCGUCUUACAUACUAAGUCAGCACGUCGUUGAGCCAUCUUUGGAAGCAAAUCCGCUGCCACCUUUCAUUCCAGAUUUGGCCACCUUGAAGACCAGGACACCGUCGGAGUAUACUAGCACUCAGCCUUCACUUGGUCAUCCAUCAAUGAUAUCAAUCCAGCAAACCCCUAACCGACCACCACUGUCUGCCUUGCGACACAGGGGACACCUACGUCAACGCUCCAGUCGCAGCUUCCGAUCGCAACAUUCUUUGUCGCAUCGUAGGUGGGCCUCGAUCAACAGUGCCUUUCCCCGGUCGACACUUAGGAGUUUCGAUGCGACGACGGUAUCUGAAGAGUCGAGAGUUUCGGAAAUAAUGCCUCAACCACUUCGAGUUCUUCGUCGGCGUCCAGGCGGUGACCUUCGAGGUGCACAAAAUAUUGCAGAUCUUGAUGCCUUUCCUUUGCAUAGAUCGCGAUCGGCAGGGUCUUUGACGACUUACUCGGAAUCCUUGAGGAGUUCCUACCUUCGAAGCCCAGUAAGAGACUCUGAGGGCUACGUUGACGUUUUUGGGAGUGACUAUUCGCAACACCGGGCAGAUGUCUUUUCCUUGGGCGCCAUGGCAGAGAAACCCAAGCAUCCUUUGUCACUUUUUAGCACUCACUCCUCCAAGCCUGUCUUGCGACCAUCAUUUGAAGCUGAAGCGCAAAAGCUUGCGCAAAUUCCUGACGACAUAGAUGAUGAUGGAGGCAUUGAAUCAGCACUAGCCAAGCUUGAAGGCAGGAAGCUCUCGAUAGAACCGCAAGAUGUGCCUGCGCCCCAAUUUGCGGAGAUCGGUCCUGAGCCACUUGAGGAGAGCCCAAUUGAACACAACACCCCCGAGAAGGUCAGACAUCGUCAUCAGCAUGUUGUCAACGAUGAGGCGCCACAAUCUCCGUCUCUUACAGCGCCGGAAUCUCUUGCCACGCUAGAAGUUCCCCGAAAUGCUGAAGUCAUGUCCUUCCUGUCUGAAGGCUCUCGGGAGUCUUACAACUCUAUCCCGCUGCUAGAAAGAGGUUUGACCGACGAUGGCCGCAGCAAGACGCCCAAUCAACAAUGGACUGAUCAAUCGGUUUUCGACGAUGAAGACGAGCAAACACCUGGCGCUGGAGGGGCAGCCAAAUCAUAUUUUGGACCUUCGGCAUAUGAAAUCGUAACUAAGACCGAGAGUCUUGAGAAGAUCCCUCCUGGCGAGACCGUUCCAAGGGACAUAUCCUCGCCGGCAGAGGUCCUAUCAUUCUUGGACGUUGAGAGUGACAACGAGUCAGACUUGUCAUCCGAAUUGUCUUUGCAAAUCAUUCAUGCCGAACAGCCAAAUCAUCAUGCCAUCGACCAGAACCUUACGGAGAUUGACAGCCAAGUACUGUUUGAUCUUAGCACUGACGAUGUGCCUCCCCCGCCACAAGGCAGACCUCCGUCCCCUCCGAUGACUUUGGCUCAAGCUUUGAAGAUGUCGCCCCCCGAAUCGAUGCGCGAACCACAGCUCCAGGAUCAUCAAAUUUGGUCACAGAAACCGCUACCGCCGACACCCGAGGUUACACCGACACUUGCCAUGCAUCAGCAGAAGAUGGGCCAUGCAAACGAUCUUGCUGAUAGUCGAGGUGCCUUGCACAAAUCUUGGGGGCCUGAGGAUGAACUAUCACAGAAAUUUUCAGUCCAUUUGCCCUUCAUUCUGGCUUUUGAUUCGGACAUCCUCGCACAGCAGUUUACUCUCAUCGAGAAGGAUGCGCUGAAUGAAGUCGACUGGAAGGAGCUCAUCGAUAUGCAGUGGAAGAACUCUCACUCCAACUCCAGAUCAUGGGUCGAUUUUCUGCGUAACAGCGACGCCCGUGGCGUUGAGGUUGUUGUCGCACGAUUCAACAUCAUGGUGAAAUGGGCCAUCUCGGAGAUUGUCCUGACGAAGGACGACACGGAACGCGCUCGUUGCAUCGUCAAGUACCUUCACAUUGCGGCACAUUGCAGGAGAUAUCGCAAUUUCGCCACCAUGAGCCAAAUCACGAUUGCGUUGACAUCGAAUGAGAUUGCUCGAUUGACAAGAACAUGGAGCCUGAUCCCACCUCAAGAUAUGCGGAUCCUGAAUGACCUUGAGAGUCUGGUGUCACCAACAAAGAAUUUCUACAAUCUGCGCAUUGAAAUGGAAGGCGGUGCUACAGAGACCGAGGUUGGCUGCAUUCCCUUUGUGGGCAUCUAUACCCAUGACCUUCUCUUCAAUGCUCAGCGGCCCUCUGAGAUUGCCAGCUCCCCCACCACGCCACCGUUGGUCAAUUUUGAACGAUGCCGCAUCGCAGCCUCGGUGGUCAAGACGUUGCUUCGACUCCUGGAGGCAAGCACAUACUAUCAGUUCCAGCCCAUUGAAGGCAUUACUGAGAGAUGUCUGUGGAUGAGCGCUCUCGAUGACGACGACAUCCGCCGACACUCGGAGAGCAUUGAACCACAACUCACACAAUGA